AUGCGUUCCCUGGUGGACCUAGGAAUGGUGGCGGUGCUAAUGGUGCUAACACUAUCGUUUAGCGCCAUCGUGGUAGAGUCUGGAAAUUCUAAAACGACAUCACUAGUAUGCUACGGAACAGUAGCCAACUUCACCGGUUCAACGGCUGUCGGUUUCUGCUCGCAGGCAAUUCUUGAAACGUUGAAAGUGGGUGCGGGUGGUACGAUUGCUUUUGUGACCACUGCAACAACACCUUCCGCAACUGUGCGCAGUCUGAUACCUACCUUCUGUAACCGAAGACAGGCUUAUCCGUACCUCGAGCCGUAUUUAUCGGUUGUUGGUGCCGGGACUGAAGCACCACUAGCUAACAUGCUCUCAAACACAACGGUUAGAGCAAAUUUUAUAAAGGCGCUGAUUGCGUUCAUAAAAACCUACCCGAACUGUGUGGGAAUUUUCAUCGAUUUUAGCAUACUCAACACGUCGCAGGCGGGUAGCUAUUCCUUGUUUAUGGCAGAAUUGCUGGUAGCAGCCGGAGCAUCCUCAAUCAAGUUGGCUUCUGCCCUGCCUUGGGAUGCGACUCGUUACGGUGAUAUCUACUAUAAUCCGACGCUACCGAAGCUUGCUUUUAACGUUGUCCGAACGUAUGAUGACAUAUUUGAAUAUUUAGCUACUGUCGUCCAUGCACUAAAUCCACUUUUCAGCAUGCAACCAGCACCUUUUAAUGAUGCGGCCAAAACAAUUUACAACAAUGUAUUUCGGUGGAUAAUUAAAGGAUUUAGCCCGAGUAACAUGAUCCUUGGUAUGUCAAUGUUUGCACGUGCGUAUACCGGCACGGGGAUCGGUUCCUUCGGAGCAACAGCAACGGCAAGGGCAGAUUUUGCAUCUUACUGUGAAGCUCUACUAUUUAGCUCAAAGUUUGGAGUUCAAACAAAUUCGGCCGGAGAAAGUAUUAGUUCUAACACUACUUUAACCUACGUAUUCACUUCUUAUGCUGCAGCCGACAUCAAAUUGAACUUUGCACGUUCAAACAGUUUGGGUGGCGUUGCAUUAUACAACUUGAACACUGCCGGCGUCAAUGCUGAACUGUUACGUUAUGUAACAAGCAUCAUAGCACCCACACCACCAACAGGAUAUAGAUACCCGGUAGCAACGAAUCCUACAUGUGGUGUAGCAAUCACAUUCCCAACGGUUGUGAACCCCACUACACAGGCUACCGUUACCACCAUUAGUGGAGGAGCCACAACUGCUGCUGGAGGAGCCACAACUGCUGCCGGAGGAGCCACAACUGCAGCUGGAGGAGCCACAACUGCUGCAGGAGGAGCAACAACUGCUGCUGGAGGAGCCACAACUGCUGCUGGAGGAGCCACAACUGCUGCAGGAGGAGCCACAACUGCAGCUGGAGGAGCCACAACUGCUGCAGGAGGAGCCACAACUGCUGCUGGAGGAGCCACAACUGCAGCCGGAGGAGCCACAACUGCAGCAGGAGGAGCCACAACUGCUGCAGGAGGAGCCACGACAGUUGCAGGAGGAGCCACAACUGCUGCCGGAGGAGCCACAACUGCAGCUGGAGGAGCCACAACUGCUGCUGGAGGAGCCACAACUGCUGCAGGAGGAGCCACAACUGCAGCUGGAGGAGCCACAACUGCAGCUGGAGGAGCCACAACUGCUGCAGGAGGAGCCACGACUGCUGCAGGUGGAGCCACAACUGCUGCCGGAGGAGCCACAACUGCUGCUGGAGGAGCCACAACUGCUGCUGGAGGAGCCACAACUGCUGCUGGAGGAGCUACAACUGCUGCUGGAGGAGCUACAACUGCAGCUGGAGGAGCCACAACUGCUGCUGGAGGAGCAACAACUGCUGCUGGAGGAGCCACAACUGCUGCAGGAGGAGCCACAACUGCUGCCGGAGGAGCCACAACUGCAGCUGGAGGAGCCACAACUGCUGCCGGAGGAGCCACAACUGCUGCCGGAGGAGCCACAACUGCUGCUGGAGGAGCCACAACUGCUGCUGGAGGAGCCACAACUGCUGCAGGAGGAGCCACAACUGCAGCUGGAGGAGCCACAACUGCUGCUGGAGGAGCUACAACUGCAGCUGGAGGAGCCACAACUGCUGCCGGAGGAGCCACAACUGCUGCCGGAGGAGCCACAACUGCUGCUGGAGGAGCCACAACUGCUGCUGGAGGAGCUACAACUGCUGCUGGAGGAGCCACGACUGCUGCUGGAGGAGCCACAACUGCAGCUGGAGGAGCCACAACUGCUGCUGGAGGAGCCACAACUGCUGCUGGAGGAGCCACGACUGCUGCAGGAGGAGCCACAACGGCUGCCGGAGGAGCUACAACUGCUGCUGGAGGAGCCACGACUGCUGCAGGAGGAGCCACAACGGCUGCCGGAGGAGCUACAACUGCUGCUGGAGGAGCUACAACUGCAGCUGGAGGAGCCACAACUGCUGCAGGAGGAGCCACAACUGCUGCUGGAGGAGCCACGACAGCUGCAGGAGGAGCCACAACUGCUGCCGGAGGAGCCACAACUGCUGCUGGAGGAGCCACAACUGCUGCAGGAGGAGCCACAACGGCUGCCGGAGGAGCUACAACUGCUGCUGGAGGAGCUACAACUGCUGCCGGAGGAGCCACAACUGCAGCUGGAGGAGCCACAACUGCUGCUGGAGGAGCCACAACUGCUGCUGGAGGAGCCACAACUGCUGCUGGAGGAGCCACAACUGCUGCAGGAGGAGCCACAACUGCUGCUGGAGGAGCCACAACUGCAGCUGGAGGAGCCACAACUGCUGCUGGAGGAGCUACAACUGCUGCUGGAGGAGCCACGACUGCUGCCGGAGGAGCCACAACUGCUGCUGGAGGAGCCACAACUGCUGCUGGAGGAGCCACAACUGCUGCUGGAGGAGCCACGACGGCUGCUGGAGGAGCUACAACUGCAGCUGGAGGAGCCACAACCGCAGCAGGAGGAGCCACGACUGCUGCUGGAGGAGCCACGACUGCUGCUGGAGGAGCCACAACUGCUGCUGGAGGAGCCACAACUGCUGCAGGAGGAGCCACAACUGCUGCUGGAGGAGCUACAACUGCAGCUGGAGGAGCCACAACUGCUGCUGGAGGAGCUACAACUGCAGCUGGAGGAGCCACAACUGCUGCUGGAGGAGCCACAACUGCUGCCGGAGGAGCCACAACUGCUGCAGGAGGAGCCACAACUGCUGCUGGAGGAGCUACAACUGCUGCCGGAGGAGCCACAACUGCUGCAGGAGGAGCUACAACUGCAGCUGGAGGAGCCACAACUGCAGCUGGAGGAGCCACAACCGCAGCUGGAGGAGCCACAACUGCUGCUGGAGGAGCUACAACUGCUGCUGGAGGAGCCACGACAGCUGCCGGAGGAGCCACAACUGCUGCUGGAGGAGCCACAACUGCUGCUGGAGGAGCCACAACUGCUGCUGGAGGAGCCACAACUGCUGCUGGAGGAGCCACAACUGCUGCCGGAGGAGCCACAACUGCUGCAGGAGGAGCUACAACUGCAGCUGGAGGAGCCACAACUGCUGCUGGAGGAGCUACAACUGCUGCUGGAGGAGCCACGACAGCUGCCGGAGGAGCCACAACUGCUGCUGGAGGAGCCACAACUGCUGCAGGAGGAGCCACAACUGCUGCUGGAGGAGCCACGACGGCUGCUGGAGGAGCUACAACUGCUGCUGGAGGAGCCACAACCGCAGCAGGAGGAGCCACGACUGCUGCUGGAGGAGCCACGACUGCUGCUGGAGGAGCCACAACUGCUGCCGGAGGAGCCACAACUGCUGCAGGAGGAGCCACAACUGCUGCUGGAGGAGCCACAACUGCAGCUGGAGGAGCCACAACUGCAGCUGGAGGAGCCACAACUGCUGCUGGAGGAGCUACAACUGCAGCUGGAGGAGCCACAACUGCUGCCGGAGGAGCCACAACUGCUGCCGGAGGAGCCACAACUGCUGCAGGAGGAGCUACAACUGCUGCCGGAGGAGCUACAACUGCUGCCGGAGGAGCCACAACUGCUGCAGGAGGAGCCACAACUGCAGCUGGAGGAGCCACAACUGCAGCUGGAGGAGCCACAACUGCUGCUGGAGGAGCCACGACUGCUGCAGGAGGAGCCACAACUGCUGCAGGAGGAGCCACAACUGCUGCUGGAGGAGCCACAACUGCAGCUGGAGGAGCCACAACUGCUGCAGGUGGAGCCACAACUGCAGCAGGAGAAGCCACAACUGCUGCUGGAGGAGCUACAACUGCUGCAGGAGGAGCCACAACUGCUGCUGGAGGAGCCACAACUGCUGCUGGAGGAGCCACGACUGCUGCUGGAGGAGCCACAACUGCUGCUGGAGGAGCCACAACUGCUGCUGGAGGAGCCACAACUGCUGCUGGAGGAGCCACAACUGCUGCAGGAGGAGCCACAACUGCUGCUGGAGGAGCCACAACUGCUGCUGGAGGAGCCACAACUGCUGCUGGAGGAGCCACAACUGCUGCCGGAGGAGCCACAACCGCAGCAGGAGGAGCCACAACUGCUGCAGGAGGAGCCACAACUGCUGCAGGAGGAGCCACAACUGCUGCUGGAGGAGCCACAACUGCUGCAGGAGGAGCCACAACUGCUGCUGGAGGAGCCACAACUGCUGCUGGAGGAGCCACAACUGCUGCUGGAGGAGCCACAACAGCUGCUGGAGGAGCCACAACUGCUGCUGGAGGAGCCACAACUGCUGCCGGAGGAGCCACAACUGCUGCUGGAGGAGCUACAACUGCUGCUGGAGGAGCUACAACUGCUGCCGGAGGAGCUACAACUGCUGCAGGAGGAGCCACAACUGCUGCAGGAGGAGCCACAACUGCUGCUGGAGGAGCUACAACUGCAGCUGGAGGAGCCACAACUGCUGCCGGAGGAGCCACAACUGCUGCUGGAGGAGCCACAACUGCUGCUGGAGGAGCCACAACUGCUGUUGGAGGAGCCACAACUGCUGCUGGAGGAGCCACAACUGCUGCUGGUGGUGCAACGACUGCUGCAGGAGGAACUACAACUGCGGCUCCAGAAGUUAUUUGUGGAAUUACUGUGAAGGGUCAAUACGGUGGUCUAGUAGGCAAUUUUUGUAAUUCGUUCUCCGAAAUCACUUUGUACAUCGCAUCCGGGAGCAGCUGUGGUGUAGUAGUUUGA